AAAGCACAUGAAGGCAGCAUCCACAUACUCCACAGAAGCUAGCUAGCUAGUUGUUGCUUGUCCGGGGCAAGGAAGUAAAACAAGACAAAAACUUUUGUUUUCAGGAUGAAAUGCAGGCAGUUACGGUGGACCCAGAGGAAGAGUUACCUUCCAUGUUGUGGGGACUGGACCCGAUAUUUUCUGCUUUUGCUCGGCUCUAUAUUAAAGAUAUCCUACAGAUGAAGGAGUCCAUGCAGGUACCAGGCAUUUACUUUUACAACUCUCAUCCGAUCUACAAAGUGGAUGUGCUUGGGACGGUGGUUUACAAGAGGGAAAGAGAAGACUUCUUCUGUUACGGAGUGGAUGAUGGAACUGGAGUUAUCAACUGCCUUUGUUGGAAAAAUGACCCAUUGAAAGAGACGGUGGAGCCUCAGAAAACAGGGGAAAAGCUCAGCGAUGGAGCUCAGGGAGGCUUUGACCCGGUGGCUGAGCUGAAGAAGUUCCACCGGACCCAUCAGAACUCCUAUCGCCUGGACAUCGGAGAGCUGAUCCGAGUCCGAGGGCCCGUGAAAACGUCCCGGCAGCAAAGAGAGAUCAUGGCCUCCACCUUCUAUAAAGUCGAUGACCCGGUGAUGGCGGUCCAGAUCUCCUGGAUGACUGAGGUUCUGCAGCUCUACAGACUCUGCUACGACAAACCACUGCACCUGCAGUCGGACCCCACAGGGGUCUCUGUCAGUCCCUUAACCAAAGCCACAUGGAUCCUGAAGGACUUCCUGAAGCAGAACUCAGUGAACAGGUUCAGGCCUUAUGAUGUCCAGGACCUUCUGCAGCCCGUGAUCUCCAGUCCACCUCAGACCGCCUCAGUGGACCAGGAGGCGGGUCCGUCUGGUUGCCAGCAGCUACGGAACCUCCUGAAGGACGUCCUGCAGAUUCUACAGGACGAGGGGGUGGUGUACCGCAAAGUCCAGUCCCAGGAUCCAGUCUACCAUGUGACUGAACGGGACACAGAUCUGCUCAUCACUGUCAAGGACAUCAUCAGGGAAGACUCCAAGAGGGACAAAUAUGCAGAGAAAGGUUGUCACGUCCUCCACAUUCUGUCUGCGGUCAGACAGCGCUACUGCCUCAAUGUGAGUAAAGCGGCGUUGGAGCUGCUCCUCCAGUCACUGGAGUGCAACAGUGACAUCAUCAGCACCGCCCACAACCACUACACAAUCCUCUGAAACCAGCACAUGGCGUUGGAAACGAAACCCUCCUGUUGAUGCACAUCAGGCACCGAAUGUUUUUUAUACUAAACUUUCACCAGUAAGAGCCUUGAUCAUGACAUUUAUCUGGUGUCCGAUGACUCCAAAUAUUUAUAUAUUCAAAGCCAAGUGGCCUCUGUGUGUGUGUGUGUGUGUGUGUGUGUGUGUAUGUGUGUGUGUGUCCAUCCGUACACAGCUGACUGCUGCAGUUUGUCAUAUUCAUAUACUUUUGCUCAGUGAACAGACUAGUGAAAACAGUAAGUUGAUCGGACCAGUAUUUUGGCAGAUAUUAGUCAUUUUUAAUAUAAUAUCCUUAUGAUCACGUUGCUAUUUUCCAGAAUACUUUGGCGGUGACUGGUGGGCAAAUGCGGUACAACGUGCAAAAAUACGCAACAGAAUAAAAACGACCACAUCUAGAACCUGUGGAUCCAAACCGGUCAACGCACUAGAACCAAAUAUAAGUUAGCGCUUAUAUUCAGGGCUGUUUGAACUGCUUUAUGGGCCCCGGGGUACACAGUGCACUGAGGCCCCUCCCACAACUACUGCAGGGAUUGCAUUGCAUUGGAUGGAAAGUUCAAACUAUGCUGAACUAUUAGGCUACGGAGAUGAUUUUCUUAGGUUUCAAUAUUGAAAAAGUGGAAUUUCAACAUUCAGGAAUACAGAUUUGAAAUUGUUGCAAAUUAUUUUUCUUUACAAAUUCUAGUACAGUUUUUUUUUUCUAAAUCUGUAAAAAAAAAUAUGAUUGAAACAUUUUUGUGUAAAAA